AUGUACCACUGUGUGGCCCAAACAAGGAAGAAUGAAAUUUUGAAGAUUUCAAGCAAUAAAGAAGUCGAGGGCAGAGGUAUGUUCGGCUUGUCGCAUAAUCUGAACUUUUGAGUUUUUCGAAGAGCUUUCACGAAAAGAAGAGAAGUAUGUGUUGCCGACGAGUGAUAUCCUCGAGGCGAAGUACGUCGUCGGCGCUCCAUCGCUCUUUGCUUGUGUCGCAAUGGCCAAAACUAUUGUGACCAGGUGUUUCAACUUCACUUUUUUUUGAAUCUUCUUUCUCUUUUUCUUUUUUUGGAGAGAUUCGAAGAAAAAAUAGAGAAACCAGCAGAGAGAUAAGCUAACGAGGAGAUAGGAAAAACUAGCAAAUUUUCCAGUUUUCCUAAAUUUUGCAUUUCGAUUUUACUGCUGGCUCCAAUCAAGUAUGAAAGACUGAAAAACAGUAUUACAAAACAAAAAAGUAGUUUUUUAAUCUUUUUCUUUUGUGAAAAGCUAGUAGACGCAGAAUUCGUGACCGAUUCCAGAAAAUUACAUCUAAAAAAUUUUAAUUCGCAGAUUUGGGCAAAAGUUGGAGAAAUUAAACAAUCUUCUCAUCUCGGAGGACGAUCCAGGAACCAGUUGUCAAAAUGCAGAGGAAAUCCACCGCAAAUCGUCGAAAACGGUACUUGAGCAUUCGUAAGCGCAGAAGACUUACAUUCAAAAAAAAGUUCCUGAAAUAUUUGGAAGUCCGUUUUCUGUUGAAAUGACGGUUUUGCAGGCGGAUCAGCUGGUCGGAGCCAGUCUUUCUUGCGUUUUCGAAGUUCUUCAGGAGCUGAGCCGUCGCGACACGGAUCUCUGUGUUCAGGCACUCGAUUCGCUACUUUCUCUUCUACAGGUCCGGAAAACGUUUAUGUAUACUUUUCAACCUGCUGAGACUUGAGGAAGAUAUUUUUUCCUCUUUCGUUCGUUUCAGCUGGAGUAUAUCCAAAAACGUCUUGGGAACUAAGCAAAGAUUACAAAAAGUAAAAUAACAGUUCCGUUGAGUUGUGGAAAUAACAACCCUUGCAAAUAUCACAAAGCUGUUUUUCCUGUUCAAUUUUCUGAAAAGUUUAUCUUGUAACUUUGAGUAGCAGUAAGUUCAAUUGUGAAAAGAUUUAUCAAUAUAGUAGCGGAGAAACAUUUGCAACAAAGAAAAACCAGCGUAUUCUGCAGACGAUGCCGAUAGAAGGCCUUCGACACGAAAACAAGGCGUCGGUAGGGGCGAUGGCCAAGGUUCUGAGACAGCUUCGCGAAGAAGGACCUCCCUCGGUAGUCGGACGGGCUUCUUCUUGUCUGGCGGCCCUCGCCGUCGCUUCUGGAGAGCCAGAACUGCUCUCUUCUGCCAUCCAGUCUCUCGUCUGCGUCGAACGUCUUCCAGUCGCCGUCAGUUUUUCUGCUUCUAAAAACGCUAUCUUGUCAAGAAUUUCUUCCUUUUUAUUAUGUUUAAGAACCCUUUUUUUCUAAAUUUUAAUCUCUAUUGAGUUUUGUGUUGUUUAAUUUGGUCCGAGACAGCGAUGAGCUCGCACAAACAUGAGAUCAUCAUCAUAGUUUUUUUUUUUGAUUUUUAGAUGACCGAAUUUCUUUUUGUUCUCAGUUCUAUUUUGUCCUAAAAUAUAUCAAACCUAAGGGCAGGUUAACUUUCUGAUUAAAAAUCGAUCGUUUUUUUCUUUUUCCAGAGUUCUGAAUCUUCCUUCGACCAGAUUCAAUUACCAUCAAAUUUACACCGGUUGCUGUUAAACAUUCGUCAGAAAGUCUCUCACCGGCAAAAGUCAAGGUAUCAGGAACUUUUUUUCCAUUCUCAUCAUUUGAUCAUUUAUGCGACGCGAAAAUUCAACUGUUGUGUGCGAUUUUAUGUCUUUGGUUUCGUGGAUGAAGAAAAGAAAAAUUGACUUUUUUUUAUGAUGUUUUUCUUUCCAUUUGGACGUAAAAUUUUUUGUUUGUCUGUUGACAUUUCUUAACUAAGAUAGCCUUCAAGUAAAAAAGGCGGAAUUUGUAGCCCAAACUGGUCGUCGACAUGUCUGAAAGAGCACAAAACGACGUGUUCCUUCGACUUGCCAUUGCUGCCGAACGACUCGCCGGUGGACUCCCCCGACGAUGAUCAUCGACUGUUUUCGGCCAUCGCCUGCGACGGUUUCGUCUAUUUCCCUAGCCGGCUCAUGUCCUUGCAGGAGUUUAUGUGUACGUUUUGAACUACGUCGGUCUUUACAAACUCGGGACGGGACUCCAAGAAACGAUUAUCGGCCGACUCUACACUUCCAACCAGUCCCUCAAAGCAACGUUCGUUUUUGUUUCAAAGUCAUGAAAAUAUUGAGCGAUAUGGAAAUAAUUCUUUUCCAGAAUUAUUUGAAAGUUUUUUUGAAAUGAAGAUGAAUGUUAGUUAUAUUUGUUUUUUGUUUCAUAUUCAUCUCCCUUUUUCUCUUAUAUGAAAGAAUAAACGCUUAUGGAAAAAAAAAGAAGGUAUAAGUUAUUUUUAUUAUAUGAAAGGUGUAGGUGGAGUUCAAACUAAAUUAUUUUCGUUGAAAUUUCGUUUAGAUUUGCUCUCUAAGGCUUUUUUCCCCUUACGCAACCUUUCUUAAAACACUUUUGCAGUAAGUCUAUAAAUUUCUGAUACUUUUAACAGAAUUUUGAAAAUUAAAUUGAAAAUAUCGAUAACUUGACUCAAGUUGACUUGAGGCUAGCGAUUGAGCAUAGCUUUGUGGAUUUUUCCGCCACCUACCUCUUAUUUCGAUCAGACAGUGUCGAUCUGAUUUCAGAAAGAAUUGUAUGCUGACCUUCUGCAACAGCUCUUUGUAUCUGCGCCGGAACCAAUCGUCGUGCGUCAGCGUCAUCGACGUGGACACUCUGUCGGACAUCGGCGAGAUCAUUCUUUCCUCUGGCGGCUUCCAAAACGCGAUAUUCUCCGAUGGAUACACCUUCUUCAACGCGAUCCUGGCUGCGAAUUCGACUCUCUCGGUAACGGAGAACCUUUUGUCCAUCUCAGCCUUUCCGCAGGUGAUCCCCCUCAACGACUCUUUCGUCCCGCAGCCCGAAAACGCGGCUCGCAAGAAAUAUCGACUAACGGAUGUUUCAUUUGCCUGUUAUGGCGAAGACCGACCGAUCCCCUACCAGCUGCCGCAAUACCUGCCAUCCAAACCUACAUUGUUCGAUCAGUUUUGUUACUUUUGUGGGAAAAGAGGAUUUUCAGCGCAGGCGGUCGACUUGCAUUUGGGAAAAGAAGUAGCUUUUUUACAAGCAAGAUCCGGCAAAGUCUACUACGCGGGAAAUGGCAAAAGAUUUGGUCUACAUGUAAGUUUUCAGAACUUUAUCAAAAAUCUCAUAGAUGAGCCUUUGCAGGAGACUGGAAACGUUUGGAUGGAAUUGGUCCUUCCAGAGCCGGUUGUGCAGGUUUCCGUAGGGUCGGAGAACAUCAUGUUCCGGUCAGGAGCCGGGCACGCCUGGAUCGCCGGUUCGGAUGAGAAGAACCGCGUGGGACGGCUGCGUCGUCUAGCCACUGCCAAUAGGUUUGCUGGGAGGCUAGGAAGAAAUUUUGAGAAGAAUUCCAUCUUUUGACGGAAUUCCAAAAAGGAAGUGGAUAUAGAAAAAAUGAAAAGGAAAGUAGUGAAGGAUCUGACACGAGUCUUCAAAGUAUUUAAUUAGCGUCUGCAAAAAUCUAACUUUGCUUCAAAAAAAAAAAAUGAAAAAGCUGUGAAGUUCAUUAUCACACAGUGUUUCGAAACGGGCGAGCGCAGGCGAAAACAAUGGUCGUCUCAAUGGAGCGAAAACGCGAGUUCCUUCUAACGCAACGCGGUGCGGCGCGUGUCAACCUCUCAAAAAUUUAAUUCAAUUUAAAUAUAGUUUUUUUCUCUUUUUUUCUCGCGUAUUUUUUUCUAGAUUUUCGUUUCGUCUGUUGUGUAAUAUAACCGUGUUGGAUGCCACGGCGUUCCUGAGGGGGGUGAGGGAAGGGGAGCAAGGCGUCAAAGUUUCUGAAUUUACAGAAAAAAUUUAGUGCGCGCUACGGAUAAAAUUACGUCACGUGACGUCACAAUUAAACAUUCAACGUUAAUAACUUGUUUGUUCGAUCGCCUUCGGCUGAAGUACUGUAGAUUUCAAAUUUCGCGCCAAAAUUUUUUUGACGUCUUGCCACCCCGUUUGGGAACGCCGUGGAUGCGUUUGAGAGGUACUUGAGUUAAUUUUUGAUCGAGAAGGUCCCGAAAUUUCGACUAAAAUGACAUUUUGACGAGUAACUUUUUUUGCAGAAGCUACUUGGUUCAUGUUUUUGUUUUAAAAUGCUCAGAAUGAGAUUGUUAAGAUGAACGCCCGUAGAUUUUUCAAAGUUUUUCGACGUUUUACAAAAACAUAUGUUGUCUAAAAAUGACUUUUUGAGUUAUAAAUUUUUGUGCCGAAGCUAAUUGGUUUUUUUCUGUUUCAGAAUAUCCAGAAUGCGUUUUGUGAUGGAACCGUCAUCGGUUUUUUUCCUUCAAAAAAAUGUUUUAGGACUACACGCGACGAAUUGUCCUGAAAAAAAGGCAUUUCGUGUGAUAAAUCUUUUGGCAAAAAGCGAUUCCGUUCGUAUUCCAUCUUCAAUAGGUUCAUUGUGCGUUGAAAUAUAUUAAAACUACUAUAUAAGUUCAAGGAGGCCUUGAAAAAAACACUAUUCAACGCUAUGUUUUCAUCCAGUAAAUGCACAAAAAUCGGCUCCUAAUGUCGCGCCCCCAUUGCACACAGCCACGCCCAAUGACCACAUCUGCCGCCUGUUUGGGAACACUGUGUAUCAGGUUAAAAUUUGAAAAGAGAAGUACAAAAAAAAAGCGAAAUUCGAGUAUUUUUUUCAUACUUUGCCAGACUAUAUAGGAGUUCCCGCCCGUACAUAUACAGUUCGAGCUUUUAAAAAAUCAGUCAGAAAAAAGAUUUUUUUUGUAAAAUAUAAUUUGAAAAAAAAUAAAACUGUAUUAUUUGAUCCCUAUCAAAUCGAAAAAGCCCCAAAGUUAAAGUAAGAAAUUCCUUCGUUUUUCAUUGAGAUUUUUCUGUUGAGUUGGCUGAAGCUGAUUCCAGAAGAAAAACAGUGAGCGUAUGCUGCUCUGGUUCCAUGUAUGCCUACGUGACCGAGAACGGGAAAGUUUUCGUGGGCGGACGUCACACGAUGCGGGUGCACGCCUCUACAGACAUGCUCACCGGCCUCGAAAACGUCCACAUGGUAUUGGGAGAGGCUUCGAGCCGUUCAGAACUCGUUCAGGCGUCGGUUUAUCUGGCUAAAACUCACGGAGCCGCGAUUUCUCGCAGCGGACAUCUCUACACCUGGGGACUGAACAACCUGAACCAAUGUGGAAGGGAGGUUUUUCCGAGGAGUCUUUGUAACACGCUCAUGAUCCUUCUUCCAGCAGCCGUCUUCCGCCGUCUCUGCCACUCCACGACAGGACUCCAAGGCUCCGAAGAACAUUUGCGGUCCAAGUGAACAUAUUUGGGUGAAGGUACUGCGUCUUCCCCGAUAAGCCCUUCAGAAAGUAGUUCAGGACAUGCCGUCGAUGUGCGCGCAGUGCGGAUUGUGUUCUUCGCGAGGGUCCGCCUGCGGACGUCUCCCGAGAGCUCAAGGGACGAUUUGUCCGUGUGGCACUGGCGAGUCUACCUGUCUCAAAUGCGGCUUGUGCCGUCCUUGCGGGGAGACGACCGAGCCGGUUGCUCUGGGAGUCCCGCAGCACGUCCCAUUCAGCUCCGCCGUCUCUCCUUCACGGCAUGCCGUGUCUCCAGGAAGAGUCACGCUCACCAAAGGAGCUCACGAUGCAAAGGUUUCUUUAGGAUAAUAUUUCCUAUUUGCAAACUAUAUUUAGAUGAAACUUGUUUAUAAAAAAACUGAAAUUUGUUCGAAAAAAAAUUUUUUUUUACGAUUACCAUUCAGCAUUUCAAUAAACGGGUAUGCUCUAGGCUAAAUUAGGGACAUAAAAUUGAUUCGGCAUUAAAUUUUGUAAAAAGUGCUAAACUUCUCAAAUAUAAAAAACUAAAUUGCAAGUGCACUAUAUUUUUUGACCAUUCGCUUUCUCGCUUUGUAGAGAUUAUAGAAAACUCGAAAAAUUCGUACUGAAAUAAACUUCUCCGAAAAGUUAUACAAAAAAAUUUUUUAUAGUAUGUCCGCUUUGAUCCAAUUGUGUUUUGGAGACUGCUCAAUAAGAUUUCGAAAACGAACGCAUCAUAUUUAACACCCAAAUCAGUAAUCGACUUAUGAUUCCUUGAAAAUGAGUGUAGUUCUUUUUACAAAGGAAGUGUCUGAGGCAAACAUUGCUGAUCUGUUUUAGAGUGCUGUGGUAAGUAGUCCUAGUUAUAGGUACUUGAAACCAAAAAUAAUUUUCUGCUAAGCGCCAUAGGGUAAGAAAUAGCUUAAGUGAAAAAUAGUAAGAAAUUCGACAUAAGUAAGAAAUAGCCUGGUUAAAGUUUACGAAAAAAGCUCGAAAACGAAAUUUUUCGGACUUCCGCUUUUAGAACAACUGCAUCUUGAGAGAAUAUUUUGUAGGUAUCAUCUGUGAGUUGCGGUAACUUCCACACUGUCAUUUUGGCUGCUGAUAAACGGGUUUUCACGUUUGGCUCCAACUGUCAUGGUCAGCUGGGAACAGGAAACAGUGCUUCGAAGAGCACGCCGCAGCUGGUAUUCGACGAAUGAAUGCGCGUUCUACCUAAAUUCUGAGCUCCAGGUGAAACUUCCUGCAGACGCGGUCAUCGUGCAGGUGGCGGCCGGAGCGAAUCACACGGUUCUGCGUAGUUCCGAUGGAUCCGUUUUCACUUUCGGUGCACACGCUAAGGGACAACUUGCUCGGUAGAGAUUACAGUAUUUUGAUAGAGAUCUUGGUAUUUUUUUCUCUUUUUAGAUAGUUUCACUUCGAUUUCGAACCUAUAGCGUAAUAUUGGAAAAAAACUUAUUGAAAAAAAGUCCGAACGGAAAAUUUUUCGAAUAUUCUCGAGCUUCUCAAAUAAUACGGUAACAGGCCGGCUGGAAAAACAGCCACGUGGUAUGCGAUGCCGGAACGCGUACCAGGCUACGGUCCAGGGUUUUCUGCGUUUGCCGCUUGGAUCGGAGCACAUGGUGACGUCACUCUGGUUCACAGCCAUGCUGCUCUUCUGAACAAUGACGAAGUUGUCAGUUCUCAAAUUGUGGCCAGCAAGGUAUUUCGUCGUGCUCACAUCUGAUAGCCAUCUUCAGAACGACAUUUUUAUUUUUCCACGAGAGAUUGGCAAGGACUACAUCGUGAUUCGUCGGAAACACAACACUUUCGAACACUACUCCAUCGGCGCGGACGGUCUUUACACUUCGUUAGUCUGAAAACGUUUCGAAUAAUAAUCUUGUCGUAGAUGGGCUCUGGAGUCUCGUUUCGACUUGCUCUGGAGCUACAACGCGGCCGAGAUGAGAGUCCAGGCGUUGAGUAUCUACGCUCACGAAUCGAAGGAGGUUCCUCUCUGCAUUUUAUUUUUUCUACGGCAUCCCUUCAGGAUCGGGCCGACGCUUUGGAGUCGCUGUCCUACUUGAAUGCUCCAGAGUUCGCGGUCCCUCUCGACGCUCCGGCCUUCACGUCUUCUCUACAACUUGGCACACUUCUCCUUUCGGCUACAUUUGCCGCCCACUCCAUCACGAAAUCCAAAUUCUGGAGUGAGAAGGUCUGAGUUUCUUUCAAAAAAUUAGUUUGCUAAAACGACCAUCCGAUUGAAAGCACAGCUGAAUUUUUAUUUUUCUUUCCCAUAAUUUUGUCAAAAUGUCUCAAAUGAAAAAAAGUUGAAAUUUUAAAUGCGAAGUAAUAUCAGAUUUUUUUAGUUUUAACAUUUAAAAUGUAAAUGUCUUAUAUUUUAAAAAGAGUAGAAUAAUUUGUAAUGAAAAAAAAAGAAAUAAAAAUCAAAGAAAAGAAUUGAUUUUUUUCCCCUAUAUUUAGGAAAAGAAGGUGAUUUUAUUCGAUUUAUUUCGAAACGCGUAUAAAAAGUUUUGACAAACGUAAUGAGCCGUUUCGCAUCCGUACCCGUCACAAAAUGUCGCGCAGCUAGAAGUCUGAUUUUUGAUUUUGAGUCGAACGACGGCGCGAACACGGACGUGCUGCCGACGGAGGGUUACUCGGUGGCAAGUCGCUUCGACGGCGCUGGCGGCGGUUGGGGGUCUGUUCAUUCUCCGACUGACAGGUCAUCUUGUGCUUCUGCAGCUACUCGGCCCAUUCCAUCGAAGCGAUACAGUUCAAAGUGUCCAAGGAAAUUCGACUCGUGGGAAUCGGCCUCUACGGCGGUCGAGGAGAAUACAUAUCCAAGUGAGUCAUAUCCUAGAGCCUGGCCGAGAAAGUUCAACUAACCAUCAAAAAAGUUGUUUCUUCCGAAUUGUAUAUUCAACCCAGUUCCAACUAUUCAAUUUUAAUAAUCGAUAACAAGAAAGUUUUCUUUUAACUUUUUAGAACGAGGAUAUUUGAAAAAGACACGUAUCAGAUUAAAGGAAAAAAGAAAUGUGUGAAUAUCAAUGUGAAAAUAGCCUUUGUAGCUUAAUUUCCUUUUUUUUCUAGCUCAACACCAAGGCUCUUAUAUCAUACUUAAAUUUGAAACUUCAGGUUGAAACUUUAUCGUUUAUUGGGAGAAGAUGCUGAUGAACUUUAUGUGGAGCAAGUCACCGAAACUGACGAGGUUUCAUAUUUUUCUAUUUUUUUUUUCUCCUACUUAGGGAUGUCGCAGACUCUUUACGAUUGCGGAGCUCACGAGACGGCAACUUUGCUCUUCACACAACCGAUCAUAAUACAGGCAAAUCAAUGGCACGUCGUUAGCGCCAAGAUCAGGUAGAAACGAUUUUUUCAAAUGCUGUUUUCGUCCCAAACACCUUUUUUUUGAGAAAAAGUUUUUUUUUCACAAAACAAGAAGAAUCUGUAGUCACUGUGAGUGUCGGAAAAAUGUGUCAUGAUGGCAUUCCUAGUAUUAUGAGAGGACACCUGGUAGAACGGCGUGUAUAAGUUGAUUUUCUAGAAAUUUUAAAGUUUUAUCUGAACAAAAAGGCAAUUUUCAUUUCGAAGAUCUCUUAAGAAGAGGCUCAAAAAAAUAUUUGCUUUUUGAAAAAAAUCUGUGAACAAAUUACAGAUUUUAGGGAUAACGUCUUUUUAGAAAAAAAAACGAAUUACCAAGAGAGCUAAAACAGGCGAUCACUGCUUCAAAAAAAGCAUCGUUUGGUUUUUUUGUAUUUGGUAAACAAGUCUUGACAAAAAAAUGGUGUUAUAUUUAAUUAAGCUAAGUGUAAAUAUUUUGAAUCAGAGUAGUAAUGAGUAAGGACAAGGAACAAAACAAUGAAUAAAGAAACUGAGUAUAUAACGCGCGGCCGUUUCUAGUCUUAAAGUGUACGGCAUAGGAGGUGACUCUCAUCAGCACUUUCCUUCUUGCAUUAGUUCAAAAAACGAAGAAAAGGAUAAUUUUGCGACUAUCUUAGGCGUGUAAAUAUUUAGAAGCCCAGUAACUUCCAUUGCGGAUUUUUUCUUGCAGUGGUCCUUCAUCUGACUGCGGCGCUGCGGGCAAGCCAAUCGUCGAAUGCGAAGGCGUCUCUUUCACUUUCCGCAACUCCGUCGUCUCUAACAACGGUACCGAUGUGAACGUUGGUCAGAUUCCCGAGCUCUACUACAAGGUUCGUUUUGGAAUUAUUCUUUUUCGAAAAGUCGAUGUCCUUCAGCUCAAUAACUCAACGGACGAGGACCGAAACGAAGAUUCUGUCAAACCAUUAGAUUUGUGAGUUCCAUUCCGACGUUCGUGGUUUUUUAAACACGAUUUCAGAAGUAUUUCGCGAUUAUUCUCACCGUCUUGCUUGGAAGACGUCACUCCGAACGUCUUGAGUGAUCUGCUCGCCGUUUUUGACUGGAGCGUGUCGAAGGUUCAGAAAGAAGGAUAUCAAGUUGUUGAUCCAAAAUUUUAGAUGUUGAACGACGUUGAGGAGGACGAACAGAGGUGCUGGAAGCGGGAAAGAGCCGCGUUUUUGGCUCUUUUGGCGAUGCGCUCACUCGGCCGCUACGUGCUCCGCGUCUACCCGGCCGGCUCUUCUGCCGACGUCGACGAGCCUUCUCUCGACUUCGCCAGCCGCGUCGUCCAGCUCCAUUCUGUUCUGCUCUCCUUUUUCGCUACCUCCUUCCUAACUUUCGAAGAGGUUCUUUUCUGAACAAGUUAGCUCCUUCUCUUUGAAAGCCAAAAAGUACUUCUUACUAUUCCGCAAUGCAUACGAAUGACGUUCAUCUCAUACUUUUUUCAUGUUUAUUAUUAACUAAAAACACGUAUCUAGUGAGUACUUUUGGAAAAAAAACAUGAAAAUAUGAGAAUCUCCAGCCUCACACACGAUAACGAUAGUGCAGAGGAAGAGAAGUUUUACAGGAGCACAAUAGACCGCUCUCCGGGACUAGCGCAAACUGGAAUAAGAUUUUACAGAAUUAUGCACAGCAACUUGUAAUGAAGGAGGCCAUCAAGCUGUUCGUGUCGUUGUCGCAUUGCUUCCUCGGAUCUCGGUUGAACUGCGGAAGUUGGAUUUUCAACGUCUUUGUUUUUGAAGGUAUCUGGUGAACUGCCACCUCGUGUCCGCCAUGACAGCGGGUCUGCAGUCGGAGUUCCUCACCGCUGCCGUCAUCGGAAGUCUUGCCAAGAUGGAUCUGGUAGUUCCGAGACCAGAUUCUCUCCAAAGCAGUCGUUUGCAGAUUGCCGAACUUCUGUUGAAUGUUUCUUAUGUCGAACGAUAUCCCAUGCUCAGCAUGCAGAUCAUCAAACACUUCGACAUCGACAAGGACAAUCUUACAACGCUGACUUCUUUCCAGAACGUCGUUCGCUUCCUCUACGAUCGAUGCUUCCAGCUUCAGCUCGUAAGAUCCAUAUAAUAAUAAUCAGAAACAUCAGCAUUUCCCAGACUAACAUCCACGACACGCCUUCCUUCGCUCAGGACAUUAUCGUCAAAAUAUCCCAAGAACUUGCGAUUCCAGACUUUGGCUCGGCACUCGGACCGACAGUUCACCACACAUCGUCUAGGUUUCCAGUCAGCAGCAAACUUCCUUCUAUUUUGGGUUCAAAUAGAUUCCGACGGCGGAGCGGUCAGACUAGCUGGGAGAUGGCUAAUGGCUCGGCGGAUGCCAUCGCUUUCCGAAUCGAUGCGGAGGGAAUCAGGCUUCAUGGUUUUGGCGUUUAUUUGACCGCUGAGAAGGAGAAAAGAACAUUUUCUGGCGAAGUUGAUUUGUUCUUACUACAAUGAGAAUCGUGUCAAAUUAGGUGUACAUGUUGACUCCGGAAGCCUCGGAGAAAUGGAGUUGUCUUUUCCGUGUAAACGUGGAUAUUGGAGCCGAGAACCAGGAAUGUGGCGUUAUUCGACUUCCGGAGCACGUUUUGCUCUCCCCCGGCGUGACCUACGCCGUCAAGCUUUGGAUGCCUAAAAACAGCAGGACGUUCUGCGGAGAAAGUGAGCGAUGUUACUUUUUUGGUCUGAAACGUUAGAAAAAAUUCUCUCAAAACAUUUCUAAUGGAAUUGUGAAGGGUACUGGUUUAACUGAAGCUUUUUCGAAUAACUCGCUCUUCAUAGUUUUUUUUUUUUCGAAAUUAUUUACAAGGGAGGUAGUUUCACUUUGCAGUUUGAAUUUUCUGAAAAAUUUUCCAAACGCUCUUUGUUUGCAUGCUGGAUUAAGAUGUCACAUCGCCUUUACCCGAGCAGCCUUUUAUUUUUGAAACAUUUUUUUUGCCUUCAAAACACUUUUUUGCGAACUCUCAGAAAAAAAAGCAACGUAAAGUGAUUCCUCUCGUGAGGUGAAAUUGUUCUUACAUGGAAGGUCAUUUUUGCGUAGGGUUUGGAAUUUUCUAUAAAUUUGCUCAAAGGAUCUUUGAUGGACUGGGAAUCGAUCCCACAUAGUCGCCAUCUGCGCAAACUUUUCGUUUUGGAGAUAUGAAUUUUCAAAGUUUUCAUCCUUAAACACGUGACACUGUUCGGAAGGAAUCUAUCCCCGCAACCAGUCAUUUCAUGGCAGCUAGGAGCGUAGUGCAGUGGCUAGCGCAGUAGCCGGCGUAGCCUAUGAUGAAGGUUCGAACGUUUUUGAGGCUCUCGAUUUUUGCCAUUAAUUUUUUUGACGGAUCAUGAUGAACAUGUCGAAACUUCAUAAAUAAAAACGUUCAAAACCUUUCGAUGGCCAUUUUCUUGCGAAAAAUAUCUUUUUCAACAAAAAUUUUUUUUUGAAAAAUUCUUGAAGUUGGGGCAUGCUUCACAUCAUAAAAAAUAAUUUUUCUUCAAAUUUAUUUGCAAAAACGUUUUAGACAACGAAAUUUUGGAGAAAAUCACUUUUAUUGAAAUAAAAAGGAAAUCUUCAAAAAAAAAAGUCUCUGAUGAAUUGAUGGUCGACCAGAACUUCAUGAAAUUUUCAAGAAAAAAUUUUUGUUGAAAAAGUUAUUUUCGCAAGAAAAUGGCCAUCGAAAGGUUUUGAAAGUUUUUAUUUAUGAAGUUUCGACAUGUUCAUCGGAUCAUAUCGGUCAAAAAAAUUAAUGGCAAAAAUCGAUAGCCUCAAAAACGUUCGAACCUUCAUCAUAGGGUACGUCGGCUACUGCGCUAGCCACUGCACCACGCUCCUAGCUGCCAUGUCAUUUGACUGGUUGCGGGGAUAGAUUCCUUCCGAACAGUGUCACGUGUUUAAGGAUGAAAACUUUGAAAAUUCAUAUCUCCAAAACGAAAAGUUUGCGCAGAUGGCGACUAUGUGGGAUCGAUUCCCAGUCCAUCAAAGAUCCUUUGAGCAAAUUUAUAGAAAAUUCCAAACCCUACGCAAAAAUGACCUUCCAUGUUAGCUCUUCAGAUUAGUUCAAUAUAUAAAUGUGGAAAAACAAAAUUUCAUGAAUUCGAAGCUACACUGACAUUGAACUCCACUCGAAUUCCAAUGUUAUAAAAGGUAGAAGUAAUAAUUAGGGAAACUGAAAAUUGAGAUGAUCUAUUAUUUAUUCGCAGAUGGAACGAACCAACUGCGUCUUUGCGACGGGACGCGUUUGUUCUUCUCAGGCUGCUCCCUCAGUCAGAAUGGAACGACCGUCCAGCGAGGCCAGAUCCCCUUUCUGCUCUACUCCGUGACGGAACGCAGCGUCAAUUCGCAGACGACGCAAGACAAACUGCACGAGUCGUACCUGCUGCUGUUGAGGCUGUUGUCGAACAAAAUAGGCACAUGCGCUAACUCGGGAGCCUUGUCAGACUGUGCACGGUCUCUCGUGUCGCGCAUCUCUGCCCAUGUCAUGGUCUUUAUGGAGUUGUUCCCUCAGAAGUGCCUCGAGAUAAUGGCGACUCUGGAGCCUCUCAUUCCUCUCGUGUCCAAUCUCAACGCCCUCAACAAGGUACUACAAGAAGAUAUAAUAUCCAUAUCAGUGAAACAGUAGUUGUUUUUUUGAAAGUCAGGGGCUUCUUUUUCAAAUAAUCCAAAAAAAGAAAUUUUUUUCUGAAAUUAUAUAUUUAUCAGAAUUGAACGCGAAUUUUGUACGCUGUUUGUAUGAGUGUUUGUUAAAAUGAAGGAACUUGUGCUAGAAAACUAUAGUCUGUCCGGAUUUGGAAUUUCAAGCAGCAAACUCCGCCCCCAACAACUCUUUGUGAAUGGAUAGCUCUCUGAUUGGUUUGAUCUACGCAUAAGGGCGGAGUUUGAGCGAUGGCUUUACAUUCAAAAUCUGAACAAACUAUAAUAUAAGAGAUGAUUCUACGAAUCCUUGACUUCCAAUUUCAUGGUCUUUUUUCAAAGUGUUAAUGAAAAACGAAAAUUGCAGGCCAGUACAAUCAGCGCGUCUUUUUCGAAAGAUAGUCAACUGUGUGAGAAACCUUCUAUCCCGAUUGUUGUGGAGAGUCCCCAUCCUUACAAACCGAAUUCCUUGUUUUCCAUGGUAGAAUUGCACUUUUGCCUUUUUUCAUUUUUUUUUUUCUAUUUCGGGUUGUUGGAUUUGACGAACCAGUGGACUUUAUGUGCAUCCGUUUCUCACCGAACUGCGAAACUGUCCAGUUCGACGAUCAGCUCUCUAUUUAUCUAGGCGUCGAUCGGAACUGCUACAUUCCCAUCGAAAGGUGGGCUUUUCGUUCGUUUUCCAGUUUGAGAACGUCUUCACAGGUGCUAUGGAUCGCAGGACUGGCCGAGCUAUCCAAUAUUCCUGCCAGGAAACUCGCUUUGGUUCGUUCUCGAGACGGCAGCUCCGGUCGAGGGUGCCACAGUCGAGCAAGUGCGUCUUUUCCUCUCUCGAUAUCACUCAGGAGCUUUCUCAGAUGUAUGGUUUCCAACUGACGGUGACAGGAUACCCAGCCUCGAACAGGGACUCCGAAAUGCGUGUCGAGCAGGAACUCGUUUGGCUGUCUGCCAACGCUUGCCGCAUCAUGACUCAGGCAAUACCUUUUUUGAAGAUACUCUAGGUUUUUUUUUCAGCGACCUACAACAUUCACAAAUUGUUUCUACCUGCAAAAAAAAUUUUUUUGGUAUUCUCCGAAAGUAUAGGAUGCUUGGCUCAUUUUUGGUCUACUUGUUGUAAGAAUAACGCAAGAAUUUUCUGGAGAAAAUCAAAAAAAAAAAAAAUGAACCGAAAAAUCGAAUCUUUCUUUUUUCAGCUUCCUGUCAAUCCGAAGAACAUCGAGCACCUUUCUUUAGCGGAAGAGGACACCCGACAUCUCUUCGAAAAACAUGGAAGUUUGCUGAAAAAGGGCCUGAGCCUCAACCACGUGCCGACACUCAAUGAGAUCAUCGUGAAAGGACAACCGCCACCGGCACAGUCGGCCGACCUUCAGUUCCUCCGAGAAUUCCUGUCCGGUCACUGCAGUUCUGCCGCCGGCUUCUUGGCUCGUUGGCUUCCUACCGGCUCGGUUGUAGAUCCGAGUCGCUGCCAGAUAUCUUUCUCCCAUGAAGAAAUGGUUGUUGGAAGGUCGACACGCAUCAAGCUUUCGUGUAGAGACCAGUUUGAGCAAGAAGUCGAGUGUCCGAACAUCGUAGUGGAGGUGCUGAUGACGCUCUCGUCAAACUUCACAAAUACCACUAGGAACAUCGCUUCCGAAUCGUUGCCCUCGACUCUUUUGAUUCAUCAGAAUCCUUUCCAACCGAUAAUCGUUAACCACGCCAAGUACAUGAACAUCUGUGCGAUGCCGGCCUUUGCCAACUACUCGGCAGAGGAAAUUCGCCUCGGUCACAUGAAAGAAGAGUUGCUCAAAGAUCGCGUUACUCUGAAACACCGCGCCAAGUCCGUAUUUGUCGGCUCGUGGGUUCCCUCGACCGCUGGAACUUAUCGAAUAGAGUGCAAAGUGGAUGGAUAUGAAAUUUCGUACACUUACAACGUCGAGGUGAUUGAUAAGGAGCACGUCGUCAAGGCAGAGAAGGCGUGGCGAAGAGGCGCGACGCUGACGACGGCACAAUGUGUCGUCGUGCCCUUCACUUGCCACUUCAGCGGCGUCCGCAUGCGAAUCGGCACGACUCUCUCUUCGACGUGCGUCGGCGUUGUUCCACGAGGUGCCGUCAUCGAAUACAUCGAGGAGAGCGAGAACGAAGACGGCAAAUGGAUUCGUUUGACUGAUGAGACUGCUCUUCUUUAUGGUCAUUCUGGAACCUCAGAGCAGGUGAUUUCGUGCCUAAUUAUUUUCAAUGUUUCCUUCAAGGUAUGGUGUAUGGCUUAUCAUCGGCCUUUGCGACGCGAACUCAUUCCGCUUGGGGAUCCUGAAAAGUCUCAAGAUCGUUUGCAAAAAGUGCGAAAGAAGCCGGAAAAAUUGAGCGAAUCGGAAGGCCGGUAUCAAAAUGUCUCUAUGGAUGCUAAGGAGGUACGAGUUGUAUCUAUUCUUGGGACUGGCUGAUUUCAGACGUAUAAUGUGCCGGCUCAUGACAUCCUUCAAGUCUUCUCGCAACCUAAUCCAGACCACAUUAUCCAAAACGAAAAGGUUGGUUGUAGUUCGCCCUCUCAGAGAAUCCGAUAAUUUUUGUUCAUACAAUGUUAUUUUAUAUUUUCUGGCAACCGUAGCUUAUGGUGUGGGUGUGGCUAUUUGACAUUCUGACAGAAACUCCAGAUAUGACUAAUAACCUGGAAUGCUUUCUCGAAUUUACUGAAAAACUCUUUUCUAGCGCCUCUUUGAGCUGUUUUUUGUUUUUUUUUUUUGCUGUCUCUCAUCGAUCCUUCUUUUCAAUUUAUCAGAUUCUAGGUUUUUCUAAUAUUUUUGGUCGAAAAGUUCGCUAAAAUUUUCUUUUGAGCCACUUUCAAAGGUCUGUGAAAACAUUUCAUUCAGUUUUGACAUGUAGUCAGCAUGAAGCUUUUUUUUUUUGACGCAAAGUUAACAGUUUGUACCAGAAGGCAUUUUAAUAAGUAAAAGAAUACGCCUUCGAAACGCUGAAUUUUCGCUCUAUCAGAUUUGCGGACCACGCGAGCUAGUCAGCAGCGGAUGGAUUAGCAAUACUCACGGAGUGUGGAUCAAAAUUGCUGGAACUGAAAAAUACGUCCUUCAAAAAGAUUCUGAAUCGGCUGAAGACGUGGAGAGCCCCCUUAGUUUUUCAACCAAUGGAAAUGAAGAGGAAGAGCGUCAGAUGAAAGUGUCGUGAGUGGGAGUUCACUGUGCGCUAUGUUCAUAUCUUGGUCCAGAACGACGCUUCCAGUUGCUCUGCCGCCCUCAGUCGCCGACUGCGCCCGAGCCGUCUUCGCCGCGUUCGUCUGGCACGAACAUUUGGUCAAAGACGCCAUGGCGGCAGCCGCUUAUCUCAAGUUCCAUCAAAACCUUCAUAAGGUGAGAAUCGACUUCUAUCUACGUAAUUAUGGGCAUCUGAUAUGCCAAAUUCUUCACUUCUAAGUGUAUUUAAACUGGAAAUCAUGAAUGAUGAGCAAAAUGGAAAUUUCAAAGUGAAAAUUUUUUAUUUGUGGAAAACCAUCGAGCUAUGAGUUUCCUGAAGCUUUGUGGAAAUCUUAAAGCGAGAACUUAUUGCUCGUUCGAGUUUGAGCAAUGAAAUAUAAUUGCUGAGAAUGCAUUCCAAUGCGUAGCCGGUUUGGGUAUUUAAAUUGACGAUAGGAAAGAAGACCCAGCGUCAGAGCAAAAUUUGCCUUUUCCUAGGUCGAAAUUUUUAAUAAAAAGUCAUUUUAUCUUAAAAUGCCUAAAACGCCUCUAUCUGAUGUAAAUAUUCAAUAUUUUUGUUUAUGUGAAUAAAGUUGGCUAUAGAAACGAAUCGAGAAAAGGUAUGGCGAUACUCCCUGAGGUAUUCCGAAAGGUCUGAAGUCGAAAAAUUAUUUCACGAGUAUAUCUCUGAGAACUUGAAGCAAAAUGGGACAGACUUGAGGUAGACUCUCAAGGACGGUAUUUCUUAGAGAUAUCUGAACGGUUGCUGGAAUUCUUACGCAUAUUAUUACGUUUUCACGAUGCAAUUUGAAAGGUUGAGUUGUGGACAAAUUACGGUACACUUCUGAUCAGCCUGUGCAGGUCGAAAUAAUGCCAUAAAAUAUCAAACUAAAUUAUAAGUAUUCUCUUUGAAGAUUUGGUUUUCCUGCGACAGCCUCGCCCCUACAAACGCCCCGGCGGCUCUGCAGCCAAUCGUCAAGCUGUGGCGCGAGAUUUGCAACGUCGUCGAGGCGGUCGUCGACCAGCACCUCAUCAUGCCCCCAGUCACCAACAAGGCUAUUCUUACCGAGUCUUUCAAGGUUGUCCAAAUCAGUCAAUAAAUCCCACAGCGCAUUAUUUUUUUUCAUAAAGUCUAGGUAUCUUUAAACUCGAUCGAUCAUGUGUUUUCAUGAGUUUCGGUUGAUAAUCAAAACGAUUUUUUUUAAAUUUCUGUCAAAGCUAGAAGAUUUUUUUUAGAUUUUUUAAAUGUUUGAAUAACCGAAAGAAUUUUAAAUAUCAAUUUCCUUAUCGAGUAAGUAGGAUAUACUUGUUUUGGGCACAGUUUUCGCGAAUUGAAAGUUGACGUGUUUUUUUUUUCAUGUUUCUCUGAUCUCGCCUGUUAGUGAACAGGAGACAUUCGAGAAUUUCUAUGUCGCGGCGAACGGACUUAAAAUGUGUGAAUUUAAAUAAAAGGCUCCAGAGUGGACAUACUCACUUGGUGGAAAUGAUUGGAGUUCAGCCCGGAGGAGACUGCGAGCUGUGUGACGUGUCUUCAAAGUGCCGCUGGCGGUUCACCUGCGAAUGGCCCACCCCGGAUGUGGCGGAGACUGUCAAGGCUACGGCUACAACUCCAACGGCAAGUUCACGACCGGCUGGUCCGGCGAGUGUGGCAGCGGAGGCCGAGGCGCCUCUCCUUGGUAUCUUCUGUGCAACGUUUGUCGAUCGCUUUACCUCCGCAAGACGCCUGCGGGACAUCAUCAGGUUCAUCCUUCACAGCCACAAUGAGCCGUAAUGGGAUCUGUAGGAAAGGACUCGUCGAUGGAGAGAGUUCCGAGUCUCAACGAUAGGAUCUGAAGCGAGGCCUGAGAUCAUUAUGAAACAAAACGCGCUGUUUCUACUAGAUUUAAACUCGAGUUUGGAAAAUGGAUCUAAGGUUUGCCGCUUUUCAGCUACAUUUCUGAAAAAGGGUUCAGAACUCGUCGACGGCCACUUCUGGAUGGACCAUCAAUUUGUUUCCUACGCAUUCCAGUACACCUUCAACGAUGCCGCGGACGAAAGCCGAGGUUAUUUCUAGAAGUCUCCCACAAAAAUGUUUUGUUUCCAGCCGGAUACCUUGUUUGCCCGAUCUUCCUACAUGGCGCAAUCGUUGACAAAGAAUGGACAUUCCUCGGAUCCCGGCCCGAAACUCGGAUUCCUCGGAUCUUUCCCGAACAUUUCUGUCAAUCAAACUGCUUCGUUGUGUAGAAAUAACGUGGCUCAAGACGUUCCGCCCCAUGAAGUUUCAAAAUUUAACAUUCUGGAGUUUUAUGGUUCUUCUCAGGUUCUUCAAUCACCUUCAGCAGCUUUGCGGACUCUCUUUUCACAGAAAAAUCCUUCCAUGACCGUCCUUUUGAAGCAGUCAGUGUUGGCUUUCUGUGUCGAGCAUCAUGACUUGAAGAGGUCUUCAUAUUUCUUUUUCACUUCAGUCUUAGAAGCUUAGCGUAUGAAAUUCUCUUGUCGAACUAUUUGGCAGUAUUUGAGAUUUUUUCAUCUGGAUACUUGAAGCAAGAUUCAGUGAAUGAAUAGAAACGGCUCCUGUGAGCAAUCGAAAAAAGAAGAGAAAAAAUGCUUCAAUUUUUUUAAAAAUUUUUUAGAAUCCGAGCGGCUUGCGUACAGAGUGUUCGUCGAGCAGUGUCUUUCGCUCACGCCUUCAGAGUCUGGAAUUGGCUUCUUCGGCUCGUCUCCUCAGAGAACAGGUUUUGUCGGGACAUUGCACAGGUAAAAAAUUUCGACGCUCUACAGCGUCUCCGACAUCAUUCUACAAUAUCUGAGCACCCUUUCCUCCUAUAACCGGCUUUCCGAGUACUGUUACUCAGCCAAGAGGUCCGCGAACGUCCUUCCUCAUCCCUGGCGGCUUUGUUUCCUAGCUGGCCCUAUUGCUGGUGAGUCGAAAAUGGGAAACCGAAGAGUUAAUACGAUUGCAGGCCAAAUGGUCGGCCAUUUGCACGCGUUUCUCUACACGGUCUCUGUGAUUCUUCAGUCUUCGGGCGUCGAUGGCCGACUUCGAUCUCUUUGUUUCAACGCCUGGACAUUGCAGCUGACCGCACAGGAGCAAGUGAGAAUUUAUUUUUCGUUUAAAGUUGGAAGAUUGGUUUCGAAGAAGACAGAGUUGUUUUUUUUUGUUUGGAGAAAACAUAUAUCUCUUAAAAGCCUUUGAAAAAGUAUCAGUAAUAUCUGAACUGCUUACGUUAAUUUAAAGGAUUUUUUCACGAAAAUUUUUUUCGAAAAUUUCAAAUAAGGUUUGACACAUUAUAUUUAUUCAAUACGAUUCGACUUUUCGUAAUUGUAAAAUGUCGCGCCUGUUCCGUAGGACUUGUUGAUUCUAACGUGCAACAUCCUCGCGACGGUCGGCACUGUUCUGUCCGACGUGUCGAUGACGGAGCCGUCGCGGAUAGAGAGGGGCGGAGUCAACCUGAAGGAGAUGCGCGACGUCUCCGAUCUGGUGAAGAUCGAGGCGAGCAGUCGUCAGGCGAUGGUCGUCUGUCUCACCGACGGAAGCGCCGAAACUUUUUGGGAAAGCGGCGACGAGGUGAGUUUAGUUUCAAACGCACAGUGAAAUUAAGACUUUUGAGAAACUAAGAAAGAGUUAUCUUGGUUUUCCCUCUACGAAAAUAUUAUACUGCUUAUACAGGAAGUUUUUGUAUCUAUUGAAAGAUUUUUAAAACAAGUUAAAAAUUCAACACCAAUCAUUGACUCACUUAGAAACAAAACAAGGAUUGACAUUCGUCAUUUAAAUCCUUCGCUAAGGCGUAUUGUAGAAAUGUUGUCAUGUAUUUCUCGAAAAUCACAGAAAAAGCAGGGUUUGUUUGACAUUGAAAAGAGGUCAUUCUGAAAGAUAUUGAAAAUUGGAAGUAUAUUUGAAAACGUGUGAGAAUUCAGGACAAGUCCCGUGUUAGAACACUGACUGUCACGAUGGACGGCGACACGGUGACUGGUGUUUUGUUGGCCCUUUUCGUGGACAACGUCCGUGAUGAAAACUACCGCGUCACCUCGGUUUCUGUUCGAGAAAUUCAGAGUGACGGCACUCGCAGAGAACUCCUCACCCAGUACUUAGAGCCGGUAAACGCGAAAAACGAGAAGAUGAUCAUUUUUUUGUUCCAGAACUUCUGUGGCUGGAUCAAAACGUGCGUGGCCAACGUCAAACAAGUCCAAGUUUCUAUCAAGGGAGUUAGUCCGUCUUCGAGGAUACGGCAGGUAUCUUAAAUACAAAGCUUUACAGUACCAAAAUUACUUCAAAUGUUAAAAAAAAGGGUUUUUACAAAAAAAAAAGCUCCUAAAGUUACACCAGCAUAACAAUUAUUAAACAACUUGCUAAGCAUGAACUUUUUCCAAGAGAAAAAAAAAGUCGAAAUCAGAGCAUUUUGCGAAAUAAUACAAAUAGAGAUGUUCUUGAGGCUAUCCCGAGACCAAUUGUAUUGAAAGAAAAGAAGAAGGUAGUGAAAAAAGUUUUCAUGGAAGUAAGAAUAGAAAAGCUUAACCCUCAGUUGAUUUGAAAAUAGUAUAAAAGUCAGAAAAAACAUUUUCUCAAAAUGGAAGUUUGAUUGUAGCUGGCCGUGUUGGGAUUCGCUCCGAAGUCGUCGCAAUCGCAGACUUUGCCGCCGUCGAUAUCGCACCACUUGUUGUUCAGCAACACGCAGCGCGACGCGUUCGCCCUUUUCCAGGCGAUUUCUUCGCAGGCGUUCUGUGGCGAGUUGUCCGAGGACGAGACUUUGCGCGAGCGCGUCAUCGACCUUCUCUUCAGUCGUGUCCAGCUGUACCCCUUGCAGAACUACGUCAGCACGCAAGUCGUUCAGGCAAUGGAGAAGUUUCCCCCUGACUCAAGACGUCAUCUUUCUGGAUUCUUUUCAGAGAGGUCGAUCUCCUCUGUUCGCAGGCCAAACGCAACUACUCUUACUGUUGUGGUCUCAUGGGCUUGCUUGUGCGUAUUUGCGAUGCGCGAGGCUCUUCGGAACUUUUUUCGCAAAGAAGUUCUGUCCUCACAUCCAUCACACAGUUACUCACCUUUGCUCCUCUGGUAAGGAGACCCCCUGAGCUUGAAUGAUAUUGGAACGCAGGUUGUGCAACGACAAUGUCUGAAUUCGAUUGAGUGCGUCCUCGGGUCGUUCCAGCCGUCCAAUGUAGAGGUAGAAUAUAUGAAUACCGCUUUAAAAACGACAUGAAAUGAUUAAAAAGGUGUGAUUACUCCUAGGCGCCAUGAUUUAGUUUAAAAAAAAAAGUAAAAAGUAAGUUAGGACAAAGAACGAGAAAUGAAAAUGAAAAAAUAUCAAAAGUCAGAAAGUAAGCAAUAAAGAGGAUAAGGAUAAGUUUUUGAUCUGUACCGCAAAUUGCAAUUGUGAUGGGAUGAGUCCAAUUUUGUCAUUUUCGAGAUAAGAAAAUUGUUUUGUAACACUUUGUUGAUGUCUUUUUCAUAAGACUGAAAGUCAUUCCAGCAGAGGAUUCUGUUUUUGACGAGAUUGAUUAGAUCUUUAAUGUCGCAAUGGUUUUUUCGAGAAGAAGUUCUAGAAAUCUAUCAUCCGUUCUAUGGAUUUUCUGAUUUGAAGAAAAUAUCCGAAUUAUGUCCUAUAUUCCGGAAAACGUAGGUUUUUCGUGUGGAUAUUUAAAAUGAUGAAAGUCACCCGACAAAAAAACAUUUUUCAGAUUCCGCGAAUACUCAGGAAUAUGUUGAUUGUGGUGGGGAAGGUGAUUCAACUGCAAGUUCGCGACAAAGCGGCGCACGAAGUCAACACCGUCUACCUUUGUGUGAGAAACUGGAGAAAGUACACUCAAAUAAAGAUGGAUUUCAGAGCUCUGUCAAAAAUGCGCCUCAAGGGUGGAGAGUGGACAGAGCGACGGAGUACGAGAUUGGACAGCGAACUGCUCAGUUGAUAUCCAGGAUUUGGUGGGUAUAGGCCAAGUUCUCUCCGCAUUAGCUUGCCAAUGAUUGGAUGGCCUCGGGGAAAAAAAAUAGAAAAAUAUCUUCAUCGUACACAUGACACUUCAGAAAACACCAAUCCAAGAGACAAACGGCAAGAAAUACAGCUUUUUUCGAAAAACACAGUACAUAGACAUUCUUGUUGUUUAUACUUGGAGCACAAACUUUUUACAGCGAAGGAGCCUUCUCCGGCGACUGGGCGGAAGCUUUGAAAACAGAACUCGCCAAUUGUCUAGUUCUCAUCGUGCAAAUGUCUGAUUCGCUGUCGUCGACCCACGUCGAAAAUCAAAACCUCUCGAUUGUUGAGUCGAAAUAGUGAGGAGCCUUCCCUCGUUUCUGAGCUCUCUCUUUUCAGUUUCUGGCUGGCUAUAUCCGCUUUGGCUUUGAUAAAAAAUAAAAGCUGGCUGGAGUUGUCACGGAAAUGGCGAUCGAUGCAACAACACAAAGAAGAGGAGUCGCAGACGCUCUGCGAAAACCACGACGACGGUCACACUGUGGCUCAAGUGAGCACCUGAGGGUUUCCGAGUAACGUCUCCUUCUACAGGUCUUCUGUUUGGCGUGUGAGACGUCGUUGUGCAAGGAGUGUUUCACGGUGAUGCACCUCCACAAGAAGAACCGCAGCCACGGCGUCAAGACCUUGGUUCAGUCGACGACGCAACUCGAAGUCAACGUCCAUCAGGGCUGCGCUCGUCUUCGACUCUCCAACUUCAUGGUUUGUCCUCACCUACAAAACGUUUCAUUCUAGCUUUGUAAUCAUGUAGUCAAACGACGGGAUAUUUCUUCAAAUGGAUUUUUAUAACUUUUGGUUAAUCGUAGUAUUUACGUCUAAUUAAGUUUAGUUUCAGACGUUCAACUUCACUUUAAUGCUUCAUCGAUUCCCAUUUUAAUUUGAACGCGAAUGGAGCAAAGUUGAAGGUCAAAUUUGGUUAGAGCUCUAGUUUUCUUUAGUUUAUAGAAAAAGCUGAAGAGAAAGUUUUCAGCACUAUUCUGGAGCAAAACUUGAAUUGUUUGAUUAACUCCUCAAAAAAACUAAACAAAACACUACUGUUCAUAAGAUAUUAUUGUUUUCAAAGAUUCUAAUUGUCUCAAGCUAAAAGAAUCAUAAGAAAAAACAAAUGAGGCAUACCUUCAUUAUUGUGAAUAAAAUUCCUAUAAUUCCUUUUUGGUUAUUUAGGUUUUGUUCCACGGAGAGUUUCUCAACGGAAUGGUGGAGAUUUCGCGCGAAAACUUCUUUCCCGAGGCAACCACUUCGACGGUUCAGUCGGCACUUGCCGUUGGCCAGAGCUGCAGGUUUUGCGGCAACGCUGUCGAUUCUGAGUUCCAGGUUAACAGUGCAUUUCCAACUUUCCUGUGAAAAUGCUUUGCUCAGAACUUGGAGGGAACUUGCAAUCACGAGGACUGUCUCAGCUACGCUCAGCACGCCUGCCUCAAAACUUUGCCUUGCACUCAUAUGUGCGGCGGAAUCAAAGGCGAAACUGAAUGUUUGAAUUGUCUCCAUUGCAACAGCCAAGGUUAGAAGCUGUGAAUCCAGGGGAAAGGACAGAAUUCGCAGGCGCGAAUCAAGACGGAGACGACGUUUGCGUCGUCUGCUUCACUGAACGGCUCGGAGCUGCGCCGUGCGUUCGACUUCGUUGCGGCCACUUGUUCCACUUCCAUUGCAUGCGUUCCGUUUUGCUGCGCCGCUGGAACGGGCCGCGCAUCUUGUUCCGCUUCAUUAACUGUCCUCUGUGCAAUCAACAGGUUUUAAUUUAUCCACAUUUCUGUUAAAAAUUCAAUAAGUUUAUUUUUCUUUCUUCCAUUAAUUUUUAAAAAUUUAUACUUUCCACAAAUUUUAUUAAAUUAAUCAGUAAACUAAAUUUUAUCUUUCAAUAAAAUAACAGAAAAUUUUUAGAAAAUUGCAGCUCUAAACUGAUAAAAUUAUUGAAGGUUCGUUUUUUUUGCGUUUUUUUUAAUGAAACAAUGUUGGAAUUUUUUGAAAAGGUAAAAGGAAUCGAAUAUCUGGGAGGAAAAAUAAUUUCACCUCCUAGUAGACUCAAUCGUUAAUUUCAGCAACUAAAUACCCUUUUUGCGAAUUCUAUGAGUCAUUUUCAGAUCGACCACCCAGGGCUGGCCGAUUUGAUGGAGCCAGUGCUUGCGAUUCGCGAAGAAGUCGUUCGCAAGGCCAAGAUGCGACUCGAGUACGACGGCCUUCUGUCUUCUCCGGCACUGACGGAUCCGCUCAGGUCCCUCUAGUUCCAGUUCCUCGUUCUCAUCGACUUUUGUUCAGCGAAUAUUUCAACCAACCUGAAGAAUAUGCUCUCGACCGCUACAUGUACGUGUUGUGCCACAAGUGCAACAAGGCUUAUUUCGGAGGAGAGAGUCACUGCCAAAAUGUGAGUAGCCGCUUCACGGAGCGCACAUAAACUCAUCUUUCAAAGAAUGACGAAAAAAAGUCUCAGAAACUCUUCAAGUCGUUUCGGCUCUUUUCUUUCUUACUUUAAAAAAUUGUUUUGUUUCAAAUUUUAAAGCUCGGAAUUUUUGGCUGAAGUCCUUUAGUUUCUUUUUUUUCGCUUACAGAUAAAAUGGAUGUAUUACACAAACGCUCACGAUUUCUCAAGGUUUUUCUUAAAUUACUAGUUUUUCCGAUAACGAAAAACAGUGAUUUUUGGUCAGAGCAAAAAAAUAUAGUUGUGAUGAAGCCAGUCUGUUUGAAAAGUUAAAUGAGAAACUUUUUUUUGGCUCAAAAUAUACCGUUAUUUAGUUUUCCCGUUCUUUCGAGAAAAAAAUAUAUCACAAACAUUCAUGACUUUUUUAUCUUCGAAAUAAUUGACAAGGGUGAUGGCGAAAUCUUUCAUUUAGUCAUUUCGAGAAAUCGUUGCUUUCAGGCACUCGACACGUCUCAGUACAAUCCGGAGGAACUCAUCUGCGGCGCCUGUUCCGACACGAGCGGCUUGCAGAUCUGCAACCGACACGGCGCCGAGUUCCUCGAGUACAAAUGCCGGUUUUGCUGUUCGAUUGCAGUUUAUUUCUGGUUUGUUGUGUUUACGGAUAGUUGAGAAUUUCAUUUGAAGUUUACUAGUUUUUUUUUUUCUGUAGGUCGUAGUUAUUUCAGUUAUAGUAAAAAACUUUGUUAUUUUUGUUGAGUUUAGAUCAUGUGAAAUGGAUUGAGCAAAAGCGUGCAGAGGCAAAUCGGAGAGGUACCAUAAUGUGUCCACAAAUAUACCUCUCAAAAUGAAUCUUGAACAUCUCAUAAUAUAUCCAACGUGAGACCUCCAGCAACCUCUCUCUUUCUCUCUGAGACAUACCGUUUUUGAGAGUCUACCUCAAGUCUACCCCAUUUCUUGAGAGAAAAUCUAUAUUAAGUGAUAAAAUUUUAAAUGUUGGUAAAUUUAAAACGAAAGCGUGGUUAGAAAGAUUGCUCACUCUUAAAGGAAAUAAUCGAUUAGACAAAACUCAUUAUGAUUCUACAUUAUUUUAUCACUUAAUAUAGAUUUUCUCUCAAAAAAAAAAAGUAUAGACAGAGAUUCCAGAAUUUUUCGAAUUUUUGCGAAUGGUAAAUACACUGCGCGUCAUAGUUAUGGACGCACCCCCAUUUUUGCAGUUUUCAAAAGAUAUUUUGAACUUCCUGCAAGCAAACCUAUUUUAUAAUGAACCUUAGCUGAAAUAAAUAACAUUGGAAAGAGAACUACAAAAGACUCAGUCCAAAAAAAUUUUAAAAUUCGUCAAAAUUAGUUUUUUGACCGCGUCAUAAUUAUAGACGCACCCUGGGUCAGGGCUCAUUUUUUUAGUUUUGUUGGAACUUUUCGCUUUUUCUUUUUAUUUUUUUGAAGAAAAAAACUAAAAUUAGUAGGAGGCCACAGCAUUUUAAGUAAUUUUGAAUCAAGCAAUUUCAUUUACAAACCAUGCGAAAAGCGAAAAAAAAUCGAAAAUUUCAGAAAAAAUGGUGUCUUCUGGAAAUAUCAGAAAAUUUAUAUCGGAGUUUGCGCAUUAAAUUUUCAAAUUACUUUGUUUUGAACAAUAACUGAAAAUUUAAAGAGGAAAAAAUGCUUCGGCGGUACGAAAAAUAUUUGAAUCAGGUGGAUUCACUGUUCAUAGGAAACCUGGCGUUAUUUCAACCGACCUAUUUCUCGAAUAAAAAUUUUGCCAUGAGGUUUCUUGGUGACGACAGCAUACAGAAAGUAUUUUGCAAAUUUUGAAUGUUUUUCGACCAUCUGGAAGUUCUCUGUUUUCUUUUCCGGAACCGAUUUCCAAAACAGAAAAAAGAGCAAAACUUUGCUCGUUUGGAGGUCCAUUAACUUUCUUUAUUUUUAUGUUUCCAAUGUAUGAAAAACAGUAUAUGAUCGAAUUCACGCCAGUUUCGAGUAAAGUUAACACUUUCUUGACGGAGAAAAGAAAUGGUGAGGGCAAAAAUGCCCUCGAUUUGCAUAAAUAAGAAGUUUCAUUUUUCUUCUAUUAACACGGAAUGAACCAAUACCAAUAAGGAUAAUUAGCUGUAAACUUUUUAAGUAAACCUCAGGACAUUGUUGUUACCAAAAAACCUCAUGCCAAAAUUUUUAUUCGAGAAAGAGGUCGGUUGAAAUAACGCUAGUCGUCCUAUGAACUGUGAAUGCACCUGAUUCAAAGAUAUUUUUCGUACCGUAGAAGCAUUUUCUUGUCUUGAAAUUUUCAGUCAUUGUUCAAAACAACGUCAUUUGAGAUGUUCAUGUGCAAACUCAGAUAUAAAUCUCCUGAUAGUUUCAGAAGAGGUAGAUUUUUCUGAAACUUUCGAUUUUUUUCGCUUCUCGCAUGGUUUGAAAAUAAAAUUGCUUGAAUCAUGUUUACUUAAAAUCCUGUGGCCUUCUACUUACUUGAUUGUUGAUUUAAAAUCAAAAAGAAAAGCGAAAGUUCCAACAAAAGUAAAAAAUGAGCCCUGACCCAGGGUGCGUCUAUAAUUAUGACGCGGUCAAAAAACUAAUUUUGACGAAUUUUAAAAUUUUUUUGUACUGAGUCUUUUGUAGUUCUCUUUCCAAUGUUAGUUAUUUCAGCUAAGGUUUGUUAUAAAAUAGGUUUGAUUGCAGGAAGUUCAACAUAUCUUUUGAAAACUGCAAAAAUGGGGGUGCGUCUAUAACUAUGACGCGCAGCGUAUAUUGUUUUGGCGCUGAAUUUUAACUAUAUCUUGGAAAUUGAGCUUCGGGACGACACAUUUCUGCGCGCAAUGCCACGACGACUUCCAGCGACUGAUGGCUCUUCCGAAGAGCCAACUGCCGCCGUGUCCAGUCGGUCCACGCGCGAUGCCUCUCGAGGAGGGCCCAUGUCCUCUGAAGAUCGCCCAUCCUCCGACUGGCGAAGAGUUCGCCAUGGGAUGUGGCAUUUGCCGAAAUAUCAGUACUUUUUAG